ACGUUAUUUCCGGUGCUCAGCCCCCGCCUUCUGUAUGCAGACCGCCGAUUUUUGAAAAGAAAAGCAGAAGGACUUGAACCGAAAUAAGACGUUUAACGGCCGCAUUUUAGAACUUAUUGUCUGACAGCCAAACAUCAUGACGUCCAUUACUGAUCCAAACAUGAGUGUCAGGUUCACCAGUGCUAUGGAGGAGAGCCACAACAAACAGCUUAAAACAUAUGGGGAGAUAAUGGAUGCAACUACAGAGUUGUGCCAGUCCCAUAGACAUUUUGUGAAGUCUGCACUUGAUACAUGUCUAAAGAAAUGUAAGGAUGAUGAGAUGCUGUUUGAGACGAUACAGACAUUCAAAAGAGACUUGGAACAGAAAAAUGCAUCAUUGAAAGAAAAACGGCAUGACAUUUCUGAAGUGAUGUCUGAGAUUCAGCAGAAGGAGAUGCAGAAAGAUGACAUUAUUCAGAAGAUAGAGAAACUUAAAGAAGAACAAGCCAAGAGAAAAGAGUUAAUCGAAUCUCAAAAUAAAGCAAACAAAGACAGACUGAGGAAUCUCCAGAAGGCUAGACUAGUCUUUCAAGAUCAUUUGGGGAUGGAGAUACGAACAAUCCUCGGCAAAACACAAUUGAUUAAAGGUGAAAAGCUGCAGUUUGUUUUCCGGAACAUCAGCCCUUCAGAUCAGGAUAGUGCCUACGUUGUCACAAUGGGGAUUAAGGAAGAUGGAUCUUACCAGAUUGUGUCUAGUGACCCCGCUCUCAAGUGUUUGCCAGUCUUGGAAAGCCGACUUCAGGAGACCAAUAACUUACCAGCAUUCCUGGCAAACGUCAGGAAGGAGUUUAUCUCUCAGGCACGUUGCUAAGAUUGGAAGGGUAGGAGGACAAGGAACCAUGCAGGGAAGUUCUUCCUGCAAUGUGGACUAAUUCAAGAAACUGUUCAUAUUUUUCUUAAUCAACUAAAAUGCAAUUCAGCACAGUUUUGUAUCCACGGCCGUGUAAACAACACAUUUUCUGCUUUGUCAAGCCUAACACGUAUACAAGUAUAUGGAUUUACAGUACACUUCUCUGGGCAAAAAUCAAGAAGCUAUAUUAAAAAAUUUGGACUUCUAGCUAAAUAAUUACUAGUGUUAUAUGCACAAGUGUCCUGUCUCAUUUUUUUCUGAGUAUGGGCAUGCUACAGUUCACUCGAAACUGUGUAUUUGGCAUUGUUUCAAACGCUGGAGUUUUUCCUUGAGAACUGGUGAUCUGGUGGAAAUAGUGACAGAACAGUUUUUUUAUCUACUCAAAUCUGUCUCUCUACUAGAUGGUCUUCAAAGGUGAAGAUAAAUAAAGUAAUUGAUCAUUCACAUAAUGAUAUAAACAUUUUUCAUUUAUUUUUUCAUGUUAUUACUCAUUUAAAGUAACACUUUUACUUAUGUCAACCAUAUCAAUCUAUUAAAACACAAAUUUAUUAAAGUCCUUAACAGUAGUUGAGUUUGGCUGUACACAAGGUGGCAUUAUUGUUUGGGUAUAAAAAGUCAAAUACAUUAUGAAUCCUAACAGCAUUGCACAAUAUCACUGCAGACUCCAGUGACAAAAAUCAUAGAUCCUGACUGUCAGCAGAGGAACAUGUGAUAUUGAAUUGACUGUUUUUGAUUUAACUUAAUAUGUUAAAGCCACGAAUAUCAUUACCCAGUACACAGACAGGAACUUGUUUUGUAUUUUUAUUAUGUAUGAGGCUUCCAGUCACUGCCAUUUCAUUGUUCUGCAUUGUAGAAGUUUAUAAUCUCUUUGAUCCAGGGUGAUUUUUACAUUUUUGCUGUCAGG